CAAGUAAUGCAUAACAACAAACCGGUCCACCCCUCAGCAGCCUUCCCAUGGAUCUUUGCCACCCAGCUUUGCAUCCCAGAAUCCAUUGUGACAAAGUGAGUGCUGAUGGCUACGACGUCACAAACCUGGUGUCAGCUGAUCCGCGAGUCCGUGCUAGGGGUUUCCGAGCUGAAUACUUCAUCAAACCUCCUGUCAACGUGAUACUCAGUUUCCCCUUCCACAUCCACAUUCAAAGGAUAGACGUUGACCCAUGUGUUGGAUCAAAUGUUUCGUUAGGGCUACAGAUUUUAACACACUCAGCUGCAAGUGUAGAAAACUGGCUGGUAGACAGUAAACAAAGUAGCACAAGUGCUUCACUGAACAGUGCAUUAAACCCUGACACAUUCAAUCUUGUUGGAAAAGCCUUCUUGGAGGAAAGAAGAUUUCUUUGCUUCAAGAACAACCGGUACAGUCCAAGACAUCCCUUUGUUGGAAAAGAGUUCCUACCGGGAGCUCUUGAUUGCAAUGUUUAUGAAACCAACUUGUGGCAGAAAUCGCUGGCAUCAUUGAACAGAGUAAGUCACCUGAUGGUAAGAAUUGUUCGCACACAGAGUGCUUCCAUCCCUGUGCUGAGGUCCGUACGUGUUUACGGGCAGCCUUCGGCAUCUUGUAACAAGGAAGUUAUCAGUCUUGUCCACCAAAUUUCUAAGAGCCUGAAACAACCACCUCCUGUGGAGCCUGCAGCAACUUCUGUACAGUCUCCUCCAUGUAAGGAGGAGGAAGUCCAAGAUGUGUCCAGAAAUUUGCAACAAGAGUCAUCUAAGGACAAUCCCAGCAUCCCACUUGAAUUCCUGGAUGAGAUCACCCUUGAGCUGAUGGCCCUUCCCAUGAUGCUGCCAUCGGGCCACUCUGUCGACCAAUCAACUUUGGACAAGCACAGCCAAUCAGAGGAGGUUUGGGGCCGUCCACCCAGCGACCCUUUCACGGGUGUCCCGUACACGCGAAACUCUUACCCCGUACCCAACACCGCACUGAAAGUCCGCAUCGAUAAGUUUCUCCUACAGGAAGGAAAACACCUUACAAACGUGGGACGCACUGUGGGACGGCGUACAAGGUCGGCGGCACAAGCUUCAGCAACAACCAGUCAAACCAUUUCACACUCAAGAACUAUCCAACAGGCUCCUUCAACAAGCAAAGCUCUACAUUCAUCUGCACAACAAGCUUCACAAGGUCGAAUCAACAUGUCAAACUCUGCCUCUGCAUCAAAUCAUGCCCCAAAAGUGUCAGAACUACAUGUAAAUACUUUUCUGUGUGCACAGGACCCUUCUGGACAAUCAGAAAACCUGGCUAAAAGAUGUACUGAAGGUAGUGAAUUGGAACCAUGCAGGAAACGGCCCAAAGUAACUGGUGAACAGCCGUACAGUGGGUCCCAUGAGGAGGCACUGAGUCAAAGCCUGGAUGCUGCCCUAGCGAGAACAUUAGGGUCGAUUCCAACAUUCAAAAGGAGAAUAAAAGAGCCAGCUAUAAGUCAAGUAGCAGCCUCAUCUUUAGUGAAGGAAGAUAAUAACGAACUACACGCCAACAGAGGUGUGUUUGCAGUUACGUAUCCAUGGCAAUACGACAUCAACAGCUGGGCCAAGUGGGAACAGCUGCUGCAGGUGCAACUCACCAGCUGCACAGAACUCUUGCAACCUUCUACAGCUGCCGUGUCUGCACCUGAUGUGUCGCAGGUGCCUGAUGCAGGUGCAAGAGGAGAGGACGCUGAUCUGUACACUGUAUGUUGA